CUCCAGUCGCCACACCCCAGGGUGUGUAGAAAGAAAUUCUCGGGGUGUACGUAGCACUAGCACCACCCAAGCUGUCCACGCAGAGAAAUCUAAUGUACGACUAGUCGAUCAGCGCAGCGGCGAAAAAAACACCGCAGUACCGUGACGAUGGCGCGAGCACCGGCGGCGAUCCGGUGGUCCGCAGUCGCAUCUGCUCUCGUGCUUCUCCUCCUCAUCCAACCGUCAACCUCCAUCUACUGUGACGAAGACGAUUGCUACGAUCUCCUAGGGGUUUCUCAAAGUGCCAACUCUUCGGAGAUCAAGAAAGCCUACUACAAGCUCUCUUUGAAACAUCACCCGGAUAAGAACCCCGAUCCGGAAUCAAAAAAGUUGUUCGUGAAAAUUGCAAAUGCGUACGAGAUUUUGAAAGAUGAAGCCACAAGAGGGCAGUAUGAUUAUGCAAUUGCACAUCCAGAGGAAGUGUUUUUCAAUACAGCUCGCUACUACCAUGCAUACUAUGGUCACAAAACAGACACUCGUGCUGUCCUUGUGGGUCUUCUUUUGGUGCUAUCAGCAUUUCAGUACCUAAAUCAAUGGACAAGGUACAAUCAGGCUUUAGACAUGGUCAGAAAGUCUCCUGCUUACAAAAAUCGACUACGUGCACUGGAACUUGAACGCAGUGGAGGGAUGAUAAGCAAGAAAAAGAAUCAAAAGCACAUGGACAAGAACAUGGAGGAAGACCUCAGCAAGGAACUUGACUUGCAAAUAAAGGGAGCUGAGAAGCCAUCUAUUUGGCAACUUCUUGGUGUCCGCUUCAUACUCCUACCUUACACUAUUGGCAAGCUCUUUCUAUGGCAGGUGUGUUGGCUCUGGAGAUACCAAGUUAAACGAUCUCCAUAUUCUUGGGAAGAUGCUUCCUACCUCACUCGAAGAUCUCUGGGGAUCCAUCUUGAUUCAUGGAGAUCCUUAGAUGAAUCGACACAAGAAGAUCUUAUUCAGAAACGUUUGUGGGAGAAAUCGAACUUGGAGAGCUACCUAGCAGAGAUGCGUAAAGAAUCAAAGCGCAGAAGAUAAUUCCUUGCCCGAGUGUCUUUUGGCCUGAAAUUUGACGGCAGAGUUUUUUCUAUACGGAUUCUAUACCCGGAAUCAUGCUUCUACAGCUGAAGGCUGGGGGGCAUGGCUAAUACUUGAUACUGGAGAGGGAGGAGAUAAAUUACUUUCCAUCCCUCUAUAAGUUGGAGUCCAUAACAUAGAUGUAGAACUUGAAAUAGAUGUUUAGAGAUCAAUCUCGUUUGGAUCAGGUACCCUGUCUUCAUAGUCUUAUAUCCUCAUUGGAUUUGUUAUUGACUAAUAAAAUUGGAAUGUCAUGGGAGCUGGGUUCUUUUGAUUUCGGCGCUUACUGCUCCCUGAAUAUGCUUGGAACUUAUUGUAUGGUAAACACAUAGCAGUACCACUUUUUGCGGAUUUUACUUGAUGAGAGAAGAAUGAAAGGGAAACUGUAAUUGUACACAUAUAUUCAUUUCAUAAGGAUAGGCAAUUAUGUGAUCCUAUCAUGUUAUACUG